AUGAGCGGCGCACAGAAGUGCGGGGGCCGCUGGCUGCAGGCGGUGGGCCCCAUGGCAACGAGCUACAUGGUCAAGGCGGCGCCGCUGGCUCGGGCGGGUGCCGGCGCCUGUGCCGGGCGCGUGGAUCGACCUGGGGCUGCCAGGCGUGCGAGCGGCGCGGGCCGAGCUGGAGCGGCGCGGCGCGCCGCCGCCCUGGGGGCGCCGUCCUACGUGUCGGGCCUCGGCCUGCUGCUGGGCAUCGAGCGGCUGGGGACCUGGUGGUGGCAGGACCCGCAAUUCAAGCUGCAGAGGUACGGCGGCGCAUGCGCGCUCGGCACGCUGGCGGCACCCGCGUUUGAGACGCCCCUGUGGCAAGUGUUCAUGCAGCAGGUGUUUGCGUCGCACGAGGAGAUGCUGCGGCGGCGCGACGGCCUGCUGAUCGAGGACGCCGCUGUGCGCCCGCUCACCUGGGGCGCGACGGUCACGCCAGCGCGGCGCCCGUGCCGCCCCCGCGCGUCCUCAGCGCCGCUGGCCGCGCCGCUGGCCGCUGCGGCUGCAGCGGUGGCGGCUGCGCAGCACGCGCGCCUCGCCGGCCGCGCACCAUGGCCCCUGCAGGAGGCGAGCGGCGCGCUGCUGCUGCUGAGCGCGGCGCUGUCGCCGCCGAAGGAGGCGGCCGCAGCGCCAGGCGAGGUGGCUUGGCUGCUUGAAGCUGCGCCGCACCCGGCUGAGGUCCCGCAGGCGCCACCGCUGCACGCCAGCGGACACCCACCGGCGGGCAGGCCUGUGCACGCUGCUGCACAUGGCGGCGGCGGCGGCGGUGGCGGCGGGGGCGGCACCGGCGGCGAUGGCGCAGUGGCGGUCGUUGCCGCGGCGGCGGCCGCGCCUCUCGCGCACGCGGGCGCGGCGCGCAACACGGCACACAGCGGGGCGGCGCAGCACGCGCUGCUGUCGGGGGCGGCGCCGGCAGGGGCCCCGGCGCCGUCCGCGGGCUCGGCUGCCGCUGCGCUCACGGCGCUCCGCAGCGGCGGUCUGUCGCGCGCGGCGGGGCCGUCUGCGGCGCCCUCCGAGUCGCCCGCCCUGGCGCCUGCAAGCGCGGGGCCGCACUCGGCCGCCGCCAGCGCCUGCGCCGGCGCCGCCGACAGCGGCGAUGUGGCCCACGCGCCCAAGCAUCGCAAGCUGCUGGCGGCAUCGCCCAUCUUCGGCACGACCGGCGUGCGCACGGUGCACGACGCGUGGCGUGAGUGGAUGGUGGGCCUGGAGGGGCGGCUGCCCGCGCCCGAGGCGAUGGCGGCGGUGCGCGCCAGCGAGACCCUGCAGCUGGGCCGCAGGAACACCGAGAUGCUGCACAAGCGCCGCUUCCCGUGCGAGCGCAUCCAGGCGGAUGUGGGCGGCGGCUGCAACGUGGGGCUGGCGCUGGCGCAGUACGAGGCGGCGCGCGCGGCGCUGGGGCUGACGCUGGACCAGCUGGGCGGUGGCUGCCGGCUCCUGCGCAGCCACCGCCUGUCUGUGAGCGCGCGCUGGGCGCCCUGCGGGCGCGCAGGCAGUGCUCGCCUUUUCAGCGGCGCUGCAGGCGGCAAGGGGCGGCGGCACGAUCCACGGAACUACGCUUGCGGCUGCUGA